UGUCGCGUUUAUAGCUGUACAUAAAACACGAUCGUUUGUUUUAUUUUCUUAUUUAACUCUGAGGACUGUCGCGGUGGAGUAAUUAUUAUCGUUACAGUAUUUUUUUAUAUUACUUUGUUUUUAGUGCAAUGAUUUCUUUUAAUAAUUAUUAUGUUUUUAUAACAGUAAUUGCAGUUUAUGAAUUUAAUUAUGGAACUGCUCUACGUACCUGGGUAACAACAGACGAACUUGAAAAUCACAUUAGUCCUGACGAUCUGAAGGAAUUCGUUAAAUGGAAUGCUAAAAGUAACUCUACGGCAACGACCACGCCUGACAUCGACUACGCCAGUUAUGAGGAAACUACUAUCCUUCCUGUUCCUGAUUUAGUUGACUGCUUCGGCUUAGGUUCUCUGACACGACAAAUAUGGCUCUUCAAUAUGCGCCCUGACUCUUCUGAUGAUGUCAAUACGCAUUUCUACUUUUCUUCUCGUCCUAAGCCUGGCAGGGUUCAGGUCUUCGCUGGAUCACAAUUUGGUCUCGAAUGGGUGGAUUUCAAUCCGGAUAGAAAAACCAUAUUAAUCAUUCAUGGAUUUAUGAGUCACAGUAAUGCGUCUUGGGUACUCGAGAUGACUGGCGCUUUUCUUGAAUGGGCUGACGUGAAUGUUAUAGCCGUGGAUUGGAGUAAGGGCGGUAACACUUGGAAAUAUUGGCGAGCCGUUGCCAACACACGACGCGUUGGUUCUGAUGUUACUGGUUUCAUGAAGCAACUCAUGUCAGUAACUGGAGCCAAAGUGAAGGAUUUUCACUUCGUCGGUCACAGUCUCGGAGCUCAUAUCGCAUCUUACGUCUCUUAUCACAUCGGCAAAGUUUCUAGAAUUACAGGCUUAGAUCCAGCGCAGCCAUGUUUUCGGACAUCAAAUCGCGUAGAGCGUUUAGACGAUACAGAUGCUGAUUUCGUUGAUGUUAUUCACACAAAUGGGAGACUGUUGCAGAAGAUUGGUUUUGGAUUACCAGAUCCUAUUGGUCAUGCAGACUUUUAUCCUAACGGUGGUAUGAAACAGCCGGGAUGUGGAAACAAAACGAAUUCGAUUUGGGCACGAUUGUUACCAAUUUCACCGUCGAAACUACAACAAGCGAUCUGCAGCCACGGUCGUGCUUAUCUUCUGUUCACGGAAUCUUUGAUCAACAAUAAUUGCACAUUUCGAGCUCAUCAAUGGAAUUUAACUUACGAAGGAGUGAAUGCGAGUUUGCUAGCUGCUUGUAACAGAUUGUCGUCUCCGUGUUCUGUAAUGGGUAUCCAAGCAGUUGGUGGGUCAGGGCAACCUCGGGCUCGAGGAGGUUACUUCGUGUUGACAUCAGAAAAAGAGCCUUAUUGUCAGGACGAUCUUCUCCAUCCAUUGUCAGAUUUGUUACGUGAUUUACUUCAAGGGUUCCGCCUAGAUCGGUCUGUUAAAGUGAUACCGAAGGUAACAUCAGCCUACGCUGACCCAGAUCUUGAAGAUGUUACUACAACCACUGCUAAGAGUUGGUUACAGAAACUGUUGAGUUUGGGCUAAAAUUAAUAUCAUUUGAAAAUUAUAUUUUAUAGGAAAUGUAUCUUCUAAUUUAUUAUAGACUAGUUUUUAAAAUAAUGUUAGAAAGUGUCUCUUAUCUUGUAUUUUAUUUAUGAAAUUGUAUGGUUUACUUGCCUGAUCUCUGCAAAACUCUCUUAUUGCUGUUAUAUUUGUACUGUAACUAUUUAAAGAUUUUGUUCCCUUUUUAUAUUAAAUAAAUUGUUUGUCAU